UAUUUCUUUAUUUCCCUUUUUAUCCUCUUUCUCUAUAAGUACCAAUCCAAACCAAUCGUCUCCGACAUCGCCUCGGAAGUCUUCAUUUUUCUUCUUCUUCUUCUCGAAACCCUCUUUUGUAGUUGAAUUCAUCGCAGCAUCAUGUCUCAGACUGUUGUGCUUAAGGUUGGCAUGUCAUGCCAAGGAUGUGUUGGAGCUGUGCAGCGGGUUCUGGGCAAAAUGGACGGUGUGGAAUCCUUUGACAUUGACCUGAAGGAGCAGAAAGUGACUGUGAAAGGCAAUGUGCAGCCGGAAGCAGUUCUCCAGACGGUGUCCAAGACCGGGAAGAAAACUUCAUUCUGGGAAGCUGAAGCACCAGCUGACCCUGAAGGAAAGCCUGCUGAAACUGUUGCUGUUGCUUAAUAUACCCGCCUCUCAUGGAUUCGAUGAAGUGAAAUGUGUUUCAAAUAAUUAACUUAACAAAUUUAUACAACUAUGUCUGUCUGGUGUAUCUUUAGCUUGAUUGUAAGCUGCCUGAACUUCUUGCUUGAUCUUCUACUGUACUGUAUACACUAUAUUACUAGUUUUUACAGAUAUAAAAUGUGGGUUCUGUAUUA